AAAAGUAAAAUUUAAAAUAAAAAGAGGUUUGAAGAAGUUAUACAUGAUGAGUCUUCUUCACAUUUUUUUGGCUUUGCUCAUCAUGGCUUCAAUGUCAAAAGCUGAAUUAAUCAAUGUGGACAACCCCCUGUUGGUCCAACAACUUGUCCUGUGCCUAAAAAUAAAUGUGGAGAGGCAUGCAUUAAGAGAUGCUCAGCUACAUCUCACAAAAAACCUUGCUUGUUUUAUUGCAACCAUUGUUGUGAAUGGUGUCAGUGUGUUCCACCAGGAACCGUUGGGAAUAAAGAGUGUUGUUCAUGCUACAAUAAUUGGAAGACAAAGAGAGGAGGACCAAAAUGUCCAUGAAAUUAAAUUAGUUAUGAAAAAAAUGAUUUGUAUUGGAUCAAUUUUAUAUUUAUUUUCUUUGUUUGAUCUUCUUGAGAUGGGAUUUCUCAUAUGUUGUAAAAUCAAGAAUUAUUACUUCUUGAUUCUGUUUUCUGUUUGGUAAUUAUCUAUACUGCAAAUUUUUAUGAACCAAAAAGAAACUGAAUUUCCUUUA